GAUAAUAGAGCAGACUGGGGUUUUGGGGCGGCAAACUUUGCCCGAGUAGACAUUUUGAUAUAACUGUGCAAACGUGUAACAAGAGGCUGUGUUAUUUUAUUGUCUGGCAAUAGUCAUUUCCAAGCAUGAUGAUUUUACAUGCAAUUUUGAUCACCUUUGCUACCAUCGGGUUAGCAAUGGCGGCAGACGGCGAUUUAGUGCUCUUCGGUGGCAGCGACGAAAACAGCGGAAUGGUCCUGAUCGAAUUCGGCGGAAAACAGGGAAAAGUGUGCAACUACGACUGGGACGUGUACGCUGCCGACGUCGUCUGCAAACAGACACGGGGGACCACGUCAAAAUCAACGGGGUACUUCGCUCCACCAAAGUGGAAGGGUCUCGGAGUGUUCCUGGACGGGGUGCAAUGUCAGGGCAACGAGGAGAGUUUGAUGGACUGUGUGCACGAGAAACUGGGCCAGUCGAGCUGUCCAGCUGAACGGAGUGCAGGGGUAAUCUGCUGGUCACCAGAAGAGUAUCUCGAUAAUAAAGUCGAAGGAAGCGUCCGUCUGGUGGACGGCAAAACUUCACAGGAUGGCAGAGUUGAAGUCUUCCUCGCAUCGUCGUGGGGACCAGUCUGUGACGAACGAUGGGGUGCCUUCGACGCUGACACGGUCUGCAAACAACUCGGCUGUACCAACUCAAAGGGCGCCACCACCGGCUCGGCGUACGGGGAGGGAUCCCUGGAUUUUAAACUGAAUGAAGUUUUGUGCGCAGCCUCCAACGUGCGGUUGGUGGACUGCCCGUACAGUUUUGUCGAUAACACGACGAGUUGUAACCAUACGAUGGAAGCAGGGGCUGUAUGCAAUUGUAGUAUUGAAAUUACCGUCGGCGAAAACAACUCUGGCAGCGGCUUAGUGAAAGUGUCAUCUUCUGGUGCAUCAGAGAGCACUAUUUGUUACGAUGGCUUCGGUCCAAGGACCGCCGAUGUGGUUUGCCGAGAGGCUGGGCACAAGGAGGCGCUGUCGAUAUCUUCGGUUAAGAGGACCGCAAGCUCGCUCUCCAAUAUCUCUUACUCAUGUCUUGGUUCGGAGAUGAGUCUGGUAACCUGCCCUACCGCACCUUUUAACGUGUCUGAUUGCACUGAGGGGAGGGAAGCUGCUGUUGUUUGCCAAACCAAUGAUGAACCGGUUCCCACUGCCGAGCCUACACCAGGUCCUUUGGGCCUGAGUACAGGAGCGAUAGUCGGCAUCGUCAUCGGUGUGCUUGCGGGUGUGCUGGUUCUUGUCGUACUCUGCUGUGCCAUUUGCAGGGGGCGGAGGGGCGGACCAGCUUCCAUCUAAUAAUGUGUUGACGUUACUUUAUACUUACAAAUAUUCAGUUUGCUUGAGGUCGUUUCUUUUUCAACAUUUACCACAUUUUUCGUAUUACGAUUUCCACUUCAAAUUCCUAACAAUAACAUUGAACGUAAUGGUAAAGGAAAAAUUUAACAUUAACUGCAGCUUAAUUUUUGUUUGUUAAUGCUUGAAACUGCCUAAUUUCAUUCAACUUAUUUGUUUUCUUGCUGGUAAGGUAACAUAGAUUUGUGACCGAACCUUCUUCCAGUAUUUUGUAAUACACAAAAACAAUAUGUAUUCAGCACACAGUAUUAACAUAUUAUUCUGGAUUAAACAGCAAACUAGGGCAAACCGUUUCCGCUCAGUCCCUGUGCCUAUAUAGCGCCCUCAGUUGUCGUUCUAAGAAGAACAAAUCAACUUUUCCAAACGCUGUUAACUAGAAUGAUGACAAAUGCGUACCAUUAUAUUGAAAAUACGGUGCACACAGUGCAGUAUUUUUGUUUGUUUGCAAAUAAUUCUCUAAAAAUAAAACUAACCAAACUUGACACUGUUGUAUCUGCCAAUUCUAGAGUCAACGUUAUUUUAUGAUGAUUCUCAAUUAAACUCUUAUUGUCACCAAACGAAAACAAAAAAUGGUUUUGAUUUAUUGAAAGAACCCGAAUGAUUCCGCCAAGCGGUAAGUAAAUCGUCAAGUUAUUGCAGAGGUUAUGCUGUUUGAAGGAAAGUACUAGUCAUUAUUUGUGUUUCUGGAUAUAUUGACUUGCUAUGGAGGCUCCCUUUCUACCCAAAGGGCGAUAAUAAUGCAUCCAUGCAAGUGUUUUAAUUCUGUGCAUCAUUCUCAUCUUAAAGGCACGGGGUACUUGUGACAAAAAUAAUACUCAAAACAAUUGGUAGCAUAGAAACUUACUUGGUAACUAGCAAUGAAGAGAUGUUUAUACAGCAUAACAUCGCAAUAAACGACUCCCUUCGAAGUAAUGCAGUUUUUGAGAAAGAGGUAAUUUCUCGCAAAAAAAAUAUUGUACAACUUCAGGCCUGUGGCGUUUUCAGGUAUCUGAACGCACACAUAUUUUGUUCAACGAGGUUGUUUUUUCUUACCUUAUUCUAUUGCAACUUCGGUGACCAAUGAAGUCAAAAUAAUCAAUUGUAACUAAUUGAACCCAGAAAAGAUAAAUUACAGAUUCAUUAAAGUCAUAGCAAGAGGGACCUACACAUAUUUUUGGUAACGUACAAUUUCGAUAGUAUAAUCAUAAAAAAAACAGUUCACUUUGAAGUAAUGUGAUUAUAUAGAAAUAUAUUGGUUUCUAUGAACUCACAGUUGAAACUGUGAAGCGUUACUGACAGAGUUACUGACUGAAAAACUCUUUUUUUUUUAAUUGUGCAUUGUUAUUAGGGAGUAUUCUUUAUUCAAGGACAUUCUUCGCUCCGGAUUUUCAGCGCUACAUCAACAACUCAACCACCUUUUGAAAUAAAAAUUUCACCACGUUGGCUUGAUUAUACAUGAUAAGGACUAAAGCAAUCGGCUUGCAAAAGGGAAGGUACACGUUUGUUAAUUACUCAAAUCAAAUCUAAGCUUAAAAACUUACUUGGUAACGACCAUGUGAUACCUGUUGAUAAGAUAACACAUUAUGAGAAACAGCUCCCUCUCUGAAGU